AUGGGAAACUUCAUCAUCGCAGUCAUCUCGGCGUUCGCAGCCAGCGCCUCAGCUGCUUGCGACCGCUCCCUAUUGACUGCUGCCACAACAGACCUCUAUACCUCUCAAACCAACGGCAAGCUCACUGGAACCUCCUUCGCAAACAACACAAGCAUCAAGUACACCGAAAAUCGGAAAGCGGCCAGCAUCGCGCAGGGUAUUCUGUCCCACUCUCUGACGAUUAAUCAUAAUCGCAGUCAACACGAUGUGGCGCAAUGCGCCGCUUUCAGUGAAUAUAUCGUCACGGGCUCCAAGCCAUAUGUGAUUGCGACUCAGCUUCGUCUGGACAACUCGACGAACAAGGUGGCGCAGAUUGAUAGCAUUGUGACGACAACGGGAGAUUGGCUGUUCAACGUGACGGGGACUGCGUAUUGGGCUGCCCAAGAAAAAUGGGAUAUGAUUCCAGAGGGCAAGCGCGAUAGUCGUGCAGUCAUCAAGGCAGCUGCCGAUGCUUAUUGCGAUCUGUUCAACGACAAAACGGUGAAGGUCCCCUGGGGUUCGCCUUGUGCCCGACUUGAGGGAGGCAUGUACACUGGAAAGGGUCAAGCCAGUGAUCGCUGUGAUGUCGGUGUCCCCAAUGGAGUCAAACUUGUCAACCGACAAUAUGUCAUUGACGAGGAGUAUGGGACGGUCGACAUUCAGAUGGACUUUGCCGGCACGGCAGGUGUCGGAGGUGGUUUACCUGAUAGCCAUGAAUUCCGGUGA